AUGUUGUAUCAAGAAGAUUUGUCCAAAAUAGCUCUGAGAAGCCCCAGUGAACAGAUUGCACAUGUACUGGUAGAGAGAAGUACAAUCUUGGGGAACUUGGAACUUGUGGACUCCAAGCCAGAGUCUCAAAGACAAUGAGCAGUAACCUACAGAAAUAUUUUCCCCAGGAGAAAUUUGAAGAAACAUAUCAGCCUCUGCAAAGAGAACAUCAGAAGCAUCAAGAACCUGGGCAGCAGUGUAAAAACAGUCUGAGUGAGACUCAUAAUGGAGACCUGGACAAAGAUAAAAUAUCACAAACCUGCCCCGAGCAAGGUGUGGAAGAAGUAAUGAAGAGGAUGGGGCUGGCCAAUAAGGAGAUCCAGAGGCUCACAGAUGAACUGCAAGGGAAAGAGAAAGAAGUGGAGAAGUUAGAGUCUGCACUUGAGAAGGCUCACUUUGAAAUUGAGAAACUGAAAGAAAGUCUGAUGAAACUGAAAGAAAGUGAUGCAGUUGACCUACAGAAAGCAAAAGAACAUAAUCAGAGACUGGAUGAGGAAGUUCUGGCUCUAAGAAAUCGUGUUCGGUCACUUGACUCAGAAAAAAAAGUGCUGGAAGAAAUGGUUGAAAAACUUAAAAGUGAGAUGUGUGAAUCUCCAAAGUAUAAGCAACUUAGAAGCCCUGGAAAAACAAUGGGUGAUGAACAGAGAAUGCAGUAUCUAUUGUCUGGAGAAAAGCUAAAAUACCAGCAGCAAGAUGAAGUACAACAACUUCGUCAGAAUUUACACCGGCUUCAAAUUCUUUGCAGCUCAGCUGAAAAAGAGCUUCGGUAUGAGCGAGGAAAGAACUCGGACUUAAAGCAACAUAAUAGCUUACUGCAGGAAGAAAACAUUAAGAUGAAAAUUGAACUAAAGCAGACCCAGGAGAAAUUACUAGACAGCACAAAGAUGUAUUCUUCACUUACAGCAGAGUGGAAGCAAUGUCAGCAGAAAAUCAAGGAGCUGGAGCUGGAUGGGCUUAAGCAGGCUCAGAGCAUUAAAUCACAGAGCAAUCUGCAGGAGAAGCUGGCUCAGGAGAAGCUGCAAGCUGCCGAGGCACAGGAAAGGAUUUUGGACUUGCAGCAGAAGUUAGAGCAUGCUCAGCAAGCCUAUCUCUCAGACACUUGUAUUUUGAAGAAGGAAUUAGAGGAAAAGAUGAAAGAAACCAUACAAAAUGAAGCCAAGUUGCAGCAGCAGUAUCAGGAAGAACAGCAGAGGAGGAUACUCCUGGAUCAGAAUGUGAAUGAGCUACAAAAACAAGUAAAAACCCUACAGAACAAAGAGAACCAAUUGGAAUUGACCAGUUCUCAGCAACAAGCAGCUGUCCUUAAACAACUAGAAGAGACAAAAAGAGAAUAUGAACAAACUGUCAAGAGCAACCUGUUACUGUCAGAGAGGCUGACUGAGUCACAGCAGGAGAAGGAAGCCCUCUGGGAAGCACUUGGGAGGUUUUUUGAGCAACUUGGUGAGCAUGUAAGAAACAACAAUGAGAAGCAAAACCACCACAGAGCAAGGCUUCGAAAGGUGAAGGAUCAUUACACUCAUGAAGUAGAAAUACGAAAUAGGAAAAUUAAACAUCUUGAAGAUGAAACUGGAAAACUGCAGCAAAAGAUUGAAAUGGAAAAGGCAUUCCAGGGCCAGAUCAUGGCCCAGAAUGAUACUCUGCUUCUAGAAAAAAGGAAGCUUCUGGAACAAGUCACAAAUCAAGAAGAACUGAUCCUCAGCAACAAAUCCAUAAUCUCUUCAACCCAGAACAAGGCAUUUUUCCUGGAUAAAGAAAAUAAACAACUGCAGGAAAAUUGUCUCCGGCUAAUGCAGCAAGUUGGCCUCUUAGAGCGUAUUAUAAGGAACAUCCAGAUUCGUAGAGGAGAGGAAACAACAAUUAGUGAUAUCCCUACAUUUGAAGCAUUCAAUAAAAUACUGUCUUUACCAAACUCCAGUUUCUCAGGAGCCGGUUUUAUAGAGUCAGUUGAAAACUUUCACGUUGAAAAACAGAAGUCAGAAGUUGCGAUGGCAAUCCAAAAGACCCUCGAGUCUCUUUCAUGUUUACAGAAUUCUGAAACUGGAUACACAAAUGUGGAUUCUUUCAAAGAAACUCAUCUCAUAGAAGACGACCAAAAAAUCAGUGGUGUCUAAAACUUUCCUGAGCGGACCUGCUAACUAAAAUAAAUCUUGGAGGUAAAGUGGAAUAUGACAUGGAGAAGUGAUUUAGUAGAUCCCCAAUGGAC